ACGGUGCCUAGGGUGGCUCCGAGGAAACAUUCGGUUCUGGGCUAGCCUGGAGUGGCACACAGGUGUCUUGUCCAUCGUUCUCUUAUUAUGGAUGACACUUCCACUCUUGGUUUCAUCAAACGAUAUGCUGCCUUCACCGUUAGAGUUUGUAGAUGGACCCGGGACAACGAGCACAACGUCCUGAGAGAAGACGUGGAGUUGCUCAUCAUUCAAGCUUGGAGAACGGAGGUAGAGGGAGAUCUGUUGGGAUUCGUCUUCGGAUCGGUGGAGGCGGGACAUCGGCAGCCGAUUGUAGGAGAGUUUCUAAUCCUCCAAACGCAACUGCUGGACGAUCUACCGAUCGACAUCAUCUGGCACUGUGACGAGAGUCCGGCGCCUCAUAUUCUUUCGCGCAGCUUGACGCCGUACCUACAGUGGUCGGCGUGCUUGGAGGGCAAUUGGGACAAUUGUAAUUACCCGUCACACGGUAAUUACUUGAACCCCGCGGAGAUAAUCAAUAUUCUCUUUUUUGAUCGGGGCGAGUCGACGUCGGACGACGAAGAGGAAGGAGACGAGGAGGAGGAGGACGAAUCGGAAGGUACCCCCGAGGAGGACGAAUAUUAUAGCGAGCAUAGUGAGCAUGCGUCAGGGGUGAUACGCGAAGAAGAAGAAGAAGAAGCGGAGAGAGCAAGUGAGGGGGAAGAGGCGGGACAGGCGGAGACACAGAGAGAAGACCCUGCGGAAGCGGAGUGGCGGAGGGCAGAGAUAGCGGACGAAAAGCGGUCAUCGGAGCGGUCAGUGGGAACUGAUCUGCCAAUUUCGGACGACCCAACUCAAGAUCCGGAGCCGCCGACGGAGGAAGAUGAGCACCUUGCUGUAGACUUAAGAUGAGCACCUUGCUGUAGACUUCUAGCGCGCCGAUGCGGAGGCAACAGAGUGGCUCCCCCUCCCGUUCCCCUCGUCCCUCAGUUUAAACACGUUGCG